UCUCCUCACAAGCCAUGCCAGGGUUACUCAAAAGCAAUACGGAAGUGGCAUGUACACCACAAAAACCAGCUCCUAAUCCUCUCAACCCUGAGGGGAUUAAGCCAUGCUGCGCCUGCCCGGAGACCAAGGCUGCGCGAGACGAAUGCUUCAUGAAGCACGACUCAGAUACAGCAAGUAAAGCUUGCAUGGAACUUGUCCAGAAGCACAUCGCCUGUAUGCGUGGGUAUGGGUUCAAUGUGUGAGAUUAAGUCCGACUACAGGGUCAUUUGAGGACUGUAUCCUUUCGAGACACGAUGCACGCAUGUUUUGCAGCGUACAACCGGCUGUACUUGCUUGCAUUUCCAACCAUGGAGGAUCGAAACUGUUUUACUUUUUCCCAUGUUAGUUUCGGAAUCAAAUUGUCUGUGUGACUUUCGGCUACAGCGCAAAUACCAAAGUUUCAAACGUGUUCUUUUAAUUAUAGACUUGGUCCUGGUUAGGCUCCCUGUAAUGACUUGACUCUGGAUCAAAAGCUAGC